AUGACAUUGAUCUUACAAAAUAUAAUUCAAAUAAAAAAGAUUUAUCGUCAUAGGUCACCAACACCAGCAAUUAUUUCUCAUGUUAAAAAACCAAAACAACGAAAAGCUAUUCAUCAAAUGACUUCUUAUGAUGAGGCUGAUGAACAUCCACCACUUCCAAUUAAGAAACCAACUUCAAUAACAACAGUAGAGAAUAAAAAUGAUAAUCAAUUAGAUGCGAAUGAUACAGAUCAUGAAGGUCGUUUUCUUGAACUUACAAAUCAACGAACAGUGUAUAAUCAUACAUUUGGAGGACAAUCAACAAUCAAUAAUAAGAUCAAUCAUAUUCAAUGGACAGUUGAUUGUAUUCCUUCGUCGAUCAAUAGCACUCUUACUCAGUUUCAAUAUGUUAAUUCACUCGAGUUAUAUUAUGAUAUUAAAGAAAUAAUUCCAAAUCCAUGUUCCUGGCAUAUUAUAUUACCAGCUUUGCGUUAUGUUGAACUCAAUUUUGAUUGGAAUCUAAUAAGAAUUAAGAAUUUCAUUGAUAGAUCUGUUACACCAAUUUAUAGUCGUUUUUUUAUUCUUGAUCAAAUACGUCGAUGUGCUCCUUUGCUUCAGUGUCUGACACUAUGGUGGCAUGAUCUUCGGCCGUUUCUUACAUAUUCUCAUUUACCUUGGCCUUCUAUUCAACAGUUAAAUAUUCGUUUAAGAAGACAGGAUAAUCCACCUGCAUCUCUAAUCAAACGUUUGCCAACUAAUCAAGCUUUUCCACAAUUGCAAUAUCUUACAUUUGGUUCUCGUCGUUUCAUGCUCACACCACCAGAACUAGUUGCUAAACAGAUUUUAUCAUGGCUCGAUGCUCUCCUAUUUCCUACAUCAAAAUUAGUCAUUUUACAUUUAAAUAGACGUUGUUCUUUUUUUCUAACUCGUCCUCCAACAGCUCGUGACGUGUUCAGAAUGCUUCUCGAUCAACAUGUUCAAUCGAUGAAUCAUCAUUCACCAGCAAAAAUAAUUAUCGAUUCGAACGAAGAAGUCAUUAUUUGGCUUUAA